AUGGAGGAGACCACCAGCACCACCACGACCGAUAACGUCGUGCAGCGCCGCCCCAACGCUGCUGCUGCUGCUGCAACUGAGAAGCAGCCUCAGGAGCCGCUCAUCAAGACGGAGGGGGACGGCGAGUUCGCCGAGGAGGAGGGCGAGCUGUUCGCGCCCGAGGAGCAGGCCGAGGCCGGCUUCCAGUGGUCCGAGGUCGUCUGGUACAACGUGUUCGUGCUGGCCGCGUGGCACGUGGGCGCGCUCUACGCGGCGCUGUUCGUUAUGCCGGGCUGCUCGCUGUCGCAGCUGCUGGUGCUGUGGAUCCUGCUCUGGGUCGUGGCCGGCCUGGGCAUCACGGCGGGCGCGCACCGCCUGUGGUCGCACCGCGGCUACAAGGCCAAGCUGCCGCUGCGCGUCUUCCUCAUGCUGUGCAACUCGAUGGCCUUCGAGGGCACCAUCUUCGAGUGGUCGCGCGACCACCGCGUGCACCACAAGGCCUCGGACACGACGGCCGACCCGCACAACUCGGGCCGCGGCCUCUUCUUCUCGCACAUGGGCUGGGUCAUGGUGCGCAAGCACAAGAACGUGCGCGCCGCCGGCAAGAAGCUCGACUUCUCCGACCUGCUGGCCGACCCCGUCGUGACCUUCCAGAUGCGCCACUACAUCAAGACGGUGCUGCUCAUGUGCUACCUCGUGCCCACGGCCCUCGGCUACUACCUGGGCGACGCCUGGGCCGGAUUCUGGGUGGGCGGCGUCUUCCGCCACGUCUGGGUGCUGCACAUGACAUGGAUGGUCAACAGCGUCGCGCAUUUCUUCGGCUACAAGCCCUACGACCGCAAGAUCCAGCCCGUGGAGAACCUCAUCGUGUCCAUCGGCGCGCUCGGCGAGGGCUACCACAACUACCACCACAAGUACCCGUCGGACUACGCGACGAGCGAGUGGGGGCUCCUGAGCGGCCAGUACAACCCGACCAAGGCGUUCAUCGACUUCUGCGCCAUCAUCGGCCAGGCCUACGACCUCAAGCGCAGCCGCACGGCCGCCCGCACCCGCGAGCGCGUGGCCAAGAUGGUGCGCGAGGAGCGUCUGAAGCGCGGCCUGAGUCCGUCCAUGUCGUGGUGGGACCGCCAGCUGAGCCAGCUCUUCUUCGGCAAGUCGGAGGCGCAGAUCUUCCAGUAACUGCUGUAGUAAACGCGGGAAGGGCGCGCGUGCCCGCAGGCCGUCAGUUGAUAGAAGCUGCGUGUAGUGGCAGCUGCAUCGAGCGGCGGCGACGCCUUGUAUGGAUGAGAAAUUAACAGGAAAAGCCUGAUGAAAUGCAGUGGUGCGUGUACGAUC